AUGACAGAACCUGAGGAUCUCGAGGAGGAUCUUUUCGCUGAUCUGUACGAUGGAAACGAUACCAAUCCGGCCACGACUACGGGCGUAACGGACAACUCCGCAGAAGAGAGUGCAGCCUACCAAGCGAAUGACGUCCAGAAUGGGAGAGGUCCUGAAGACUUCAACGAGAACCCUGUAAUUGACCUGUAUCAAGGCCAGGAUGCUGAAGGUGCUCAGUCUUCUCAGGGGAGGGAUUUCACACAGGGAAUAGGCGUUCACACUGGAGAUGUGACAAGUUCCACGGAUGCUGAAACCCAAGGAACAGGUAUCAAGGAAGAUGGAACUCCAGGCGUAUUCGCGGACUAUAUUUUCGCAGUCUACACACUGGGAUUUUCAUUUUAUGUGGAAUACGGCUCGCUAGUGGCAGUUUAUCAGGGAGGAAGCCCGGUGUUUGAUAGAUCAGAGCAGCAAAUAGACGAUUCGACAGUCAGGGAAUAUACAAAAUCUAUCGAGAACCUUCUCUCUGCUACCGCGAUUUAUUAG